GCAAGAUUUCUGUGUAAUGGACUUGAAUGUGAAUGCGCACAACACGUCUGCGGAGCCCAGCAUGGCGAAGGUGCAGUCGGUGCCAGUGGAGUAUCGCAUGGCGAGCCUGGUCUUCUACAGUGUCCUCUUUGUAGUCGGCGCCAUCGUCAAUCUUACGGCCUUGUGGGUGUUCGCCCUCACCACAAAAAAGAGAAACUCAAUCACCGUCUACAUGAUCAACGUGGCUGUGGUCGACCUGAUGUUCACCCUACUGCUCCCCUUCAGGAUAGUGUACUACCACCAAGACUACUGGACCUUUGGAGACCUCUUCUGCCGCAUCAACACGGCCCUCACCAUCUUCUACCCCUGCAUGGCCCUGUGGCUGUUCGCCCUGAUAAGCGCAGACCGCUACGCUGCCAUCGUCCAGCCAAAGCACGGCAGGGAGUUGAAGAACAUUCCCAAAGCCCUGACGGCCUGCAUCGGGGUGUGGGUCAUGACCCUGGGGGCUACUGGGCCCCUGUUGUUCCCCGAGGGCGACCUGGACCGCGCCUCCAACUUCACCACCUGCGUCAAGAUGCGUGACAUCAUCCACCUGCACCAGGAUACCCCAGUCCACUUUGUGCGCAUCGCCUGCUUCUUCCUGCUCCCCGUUUUCAUCAUGAUCGGCUGCUACAUCGUCAUUGUUAAUCACCUGAUCCACGGCCGCACCUCCAAACUCAAGCCCAAAGUGAAGCAGAAAUCCAUCCGGAUUAUAAUCACGCUCAUCAUCCAGGUGUUGGUGUGUUUUGUGCCCUUCCACGUGUGUUUGGUAGUGCUUUUGAUAAUGGGGGCUAAUGAUGGGGAUUACAACACGUGGGCGGCCUUUACAACCUUCCUGAUGAGCCUGAGCACCAUCCUAGAUAUCAUCCUGUACUACAUCGUCUCCAAGCAGUUUCAGGACAGGGUGAUCAGUGUGAUUCUGUACAGGAACUACCUGCGAAGUGUUCGGCGAAAGAGCAGACACACGCACACUGGCAGCAUACGAUCCCUGAGCAAUGUGACCAGCGCUAUGAUCUGAAUCAACCUGAUUUCUGUUCAACAAACACGAGGCCUGGGGGGGUGUUGGUUGGCGCUGUUGUUCCCAAUGUGACCAGGCGGUGGCAGCAGCUCACAGAAAACCAGCAGACAGGCGUUUCUGAGGUUUCUUCAGCUCGUUUUGGAGGGUAAUGCUGUUCGAGUUAAUUAGGUUGCCUGCUGUAGGGUACUUUUCAUUUAUUUUUCUUUAUGCCUCAUGAACUGUGCAACUUCACACCUACUUUAAUUCUUUUUAGCGUGGCUGUUGAUCUAUGAAAUAAAACCGUCUCCAGUCCUCAGAGGUUUAAACUGGAGUGACGACAGAUUUUUCUCGGAGACUAUGAAUGUAAUAUGCUAAAACGCAGGAACAGUCGUACUGAUUUGAUGUUAAAUGAUUUACCCACGGAGAAACCCUUAUGAGAAAAUCCCUGUCACGCUUUACAAAGACUUCUAUGAAUCGUAAAGGGAACCUGGUGAUUCACAUAUAAAAUGAGAAGGUUUUCAAAGCUGUGAAAAAAGCAAGACGCUGCAUGAUUAACAGCCUUUCUUUGCCAUAAAAAUAGACA